AUGUUAAAAGAAGAUUCCCAGAAUUGGGAGUCUGUUCCUGCAAAACAAAAGGUUCCAGCAUAUCAAAGGUACACAAAACCCAUCCAGACAAGUUCUUUGGAUGAUCGUCAAUACGCAGUUAUUCGCCUUGGUAACCGACUUGAAGCUACAGUCGUUAGCGACAAAGACGCCGAAAUGUCUGCUGCUUGCAUGAACGUUGCGGUUGGAUAUUUUAAUGAUUCGGACGACAUGCCUGGCCAAGCUCAUUUUUGUGAGCACUUACUGUUCUUGGGCUCAGAUAAUCAUCCAAAAGAAAAUGGGUUUGACAAGUACCUCUCUUUACACUCUGGGCAAAGCAAUGCUGCAACGGGUGGCUCCCGUACAACCUAUUACUUUGAAGUUGCUUCUGAUGCUCUUGAAGAAAUGGAUGCUCUUGAAGAAAAGAAGCCUCUUGAAAAAGCGCUUGAUUACUUUUCAGCUUUCUUUUACUGUCCGCUCUUUCACGAAGGCUCGGUCCUGCGCGAGAUUAAGGCAGUUCAUUCCGAAUUUUCAAAAAAUUUCCAACUUGAUGUGAGACGGAUAAGAUAUGUUGAAAAUUCCCUCGCUCGCCCGGCACAUCCUUUAAGAAAAUUCGGCACCGGAAAUAAAUACACGUUAAUGCAAAAAUUUCUCGCCUCGGGAAAGAAAGCAGCUGCUUUGAAGGCUAGGAAGGAACUGAAAAAGUGGUGGGAGAAAGAAUACUGUGCAGGGAGGAUGUGCUUGGCAGUGGUAGGAAAAGAGCCACUGGAAGAGCUCACUGAUAUGGUUGUGAGACUCUUCUCACCAAUAAAGUACAAAGGGCUAGACCCACUCCCACUUGCUUCUCCUGAACAGCCUUAUGGAAAGGACGAGCUUGGUAAAUUUGUCCAUGUUAGGACAAUCAAAGAAAGGUACGAAGUUACUGUUGUCUUCCCCGUCGCCUGGCAGGAACCCCUUUGGCGUGAAGAUCCAACAUACUUUCUCUCUCAUCUGCUUGGCCAUGAAGGGCCGGGUUCGUUGCACGCGUAUUUGAAAAACAAAGGAUGGCUUGAGUCUCUAGGUGCAGGACCUGUUCAUCCUGGUCGAGGCAUAAGUACAUUAAAGGUGACCAUGAUGCUGACUAAGGAUGGCUUCAAGCAGCAUCAUCGGGAAGUCGUAAUAGCAUGCUUCAAGUAUAUCAACUUUUUGCGCCAUUCUGAAUUUCCAGAAUGGAUGUGGAAAGAGCUUGAGUAUAUGAAAAAGCUGGAUUUCCGCUUGAAGCAGAAAGGAACUGCAUUAUCUCAUGCCAAGGGUAUUGCUGCCUCAAUGAGCUAUCCGACGCCGCGUGCUCUUCUCCUGAGCGGGCCUGAGCUGCUUUGGGAGUGGAAUGAGACACUCGUCACGGAUACAUUAGCAGGUCUAGAUAUCGAAAAUAGCUAUGUCCUUCUAGCAGCUCGGGAUCACGAACAGAUCCCGAAGGGAGAGACAUGGCACAAGGAACGAUGGUAUGGGGCAACGUACGUUAAGAAAAAGUUUGAUGCAGGAUUCAUUUCUGCGUGUCGCAAAGACAAUGAUAUUCCUGAAUUUUCUUUGCCAAAGCGAAAUCCAUUCCUUCCGAAGAAUGUUGAUGUCCAUAGAGUACACGUUGCUGAGGCGAAAAAACGGCCUGCACUUGUCAUGGAUACGCCACUCAUGGAAGUGUGGCAUAAGAAGGACGAUCAAUUCUGGGUACCGAGAGCCUUCAUGCAGAUCGCAGCACGGACGCCAGCUUUCCAGGCUACACCUCGCAGGUCGAUAUUGACCCAACUAUUUGUAGAGCUUGUGGAGGAUGCGCUCAAUGAAUAUUCAUAUUAUGCACUACUUGCUGGUCUAGAAUAUAGUUUAACAGGCACUACUCACGGUUUCACAAUGGAAAUCAGUGGUUACAAUGAUAAGCUGCACGUUCUUGCCGAGAAAGUCAUAGACAAGAUUAAACACCUUGAGAUUCGGAAGGAUAGGAUGGUGAUUAUUAUUAAACGGAUACGGCGUGAUGUGGAGAAUGAGCGCCUAAGCAGUCCUCGUGAACGAUCUAAGUCCUAUUUGGGCUACAUACUUGAAGAACCCGAAUUUACCACGGAGGAAGAAUUAGAAGCGUCGGAAGGUAUUACUGCUGAGGAACUUUUUAGUCAUAUAAAGAAACUGCUAUCGAGACUCAAGUUCGUAGUCUUAGUUGAUGGUAAUCUUUGGAAAGAGAAAACCAGCUUCCGAAGCUCUUCUCACGACUUCUUCCCAAAGGUAUGCAUGUUGUGCACGGAACACGACGUCUUAAUAUUAACUCCAACAGGAUGCAAUUAUGUCUGGGAACUGCCUGUGUAUAAUCCUAAGGAGGCCAAUUCAGGUGUAUCUUAUUACUGUCAUAUCGGCAAUGGUUCCGACCCACGCAUUCGCGUUACGUGUCAUCUACUCUUGCAGAUACUCGAAGAACCGGUAUACGAUACUCUUCGAACGAAAGAACAGCUCGGAUAUUACGUUAACUCGCGUAUCAGGACAGACACGGAGUCGAUUGGCUUGCUUGUGGUGAUACAGUCUGAGCUCGACCCGAGAUAUCUUGAAUCGCGGAUUGAUGCGUUCUUGAUGUAUAUGCGCAAGGUAAUCCGGGAUUUGUCCAACGACUUGAAAACGUUUGAGAGUCAUAAAAGCUCUCUCAGGAAUCUAUGGACGGAGAAGGAUAAAUACCUGAGUGAAGAGACGGACAGGUUUUGGUCCGCUAUUCAGGAUGGAUACUAUGAUUUUCAAGAAAAUGAGAAAGACGCAGAAUUGCUUCAGAGCAUAUCAUUAUCAGAGGUCCGUACGAUAUUCGAAGCGUAUCUCGAUCCAUCAUCGAAAACUCGCUCCAAACUUUCUGUCCACAUGCGAUCUAAAAACGCAUCUAAGCACCCUAAACCAAAGGUCAGUAGACAGGCAGCCGAAGAUUUUCUCAGCCUGCUACAGAAAGAACAUAUUCCCAUAAACAAGGCCGAGUACGACAGACAGUGCGAGAACGAACCGACGGUACCCGAAAUGCAUGAAUACUUGAAGAAGACGGACUUAAGCGAAUUUGUCAGUGACAAUGAGAAAGUCAAGAGCCUAUUUGAGCAACUAGAUUUGCUUGUGAAGAAGUACCCCGUGCCUACCUACCUACCUACCGCAAAGGCUGCCCUGGAACUUAAACACAUUAAGGAUGGCGCUAAGUUCAAAUGUGAUCUUAAACUUUCUGGGAGUCCAAAACCGGUUGAGAAAUUUAAAGUGGAAUAG